AUGCCAUUAGCUGUAACUUGGCUGAUGUUAUUUGAAGGGCUGAAAUUUUUCCUCUUGCCAAAUGCUACUAUUGCAUCCUUAGGUUUUUUGAGUAAAGUAAUAGAGAACAAAGGCGGUGAAAUAGUAUCUCAUGUCGACGCUUUAGAGGGUUCAACCAUCUUUAUUAUCAGCGACUCAUUUAUAGAUAGCUCAACUCGUAAGCUAACACAGUUGGACUUCUUUCAAAAGGAAUUGGAGGUCGAUUUCGAUAAGCUACGUGAUAUUAUUGACGAAAAUAACAUUAAAUGCAUCAGUAGUGGAUUUAUUACAGGCUGCAUUAAAGCAAACAAGUUUCAAAUUAACGAUUCCGAUUUAAUUGAAAUUUCCACGGACUUUGUUUCUUCCUCUUCAGAAUCAGCUGGGUCUAUCGAAAAGAAUAUAAGUGCUAAUGAAAGCCAGGAAGAGACUGACAUUGAAGGCAGUAGUGAUAUUAUCGCCAUGCCAAAAAAAAAGGUGAAGCUUAAUGGGUCUGAAAUGAAGGUAGAUAAUUUAGACGCCUCAGAGCCUGUGAGUAAUAACGAUACGCCAGGUAUGCACGUCACAGAUCUAAUAGCAUCGCCAAGCAGAGCCAAAAACGCCCUUUUGCUUGAUGCAAUGAGUCGUCUCUACCAGAAAUAUGAAACGAAGGGAGAUAAAUUUCGUGCAAAAAGUUACAAAUUUGCUAAAACGUCAAUUGAACAGUGCCCCUUCGUUAUUGAAUCAGGAAAACAAGCACAGGAGGAGCUACAAACUAUAGGACCUAGUAUUGCAAAAAAAAUCCAAACAAUUUUAGAUUUUGGGACUUUGCCUGGGCUAACUGACACUUCAGAACUUGAAACAAAGGUGGAUUAUUUCAAAACAUGCCACGGUGUGGGACCCCAUAGGGCUAAAAGAUGGCAUUUGCUACGUUAUGAAAGUUUUAGUGAUGUUUUAAGAAAGGCUCCUGAAGAAAUGUCCAAUGACUGGCCCAUCCUAUUUGGCUGGUCAUACUUCGAGGAAUGGUCUAAGAGAAUUACUCGAAAAGAGUGUAACGUACACCUUGAAAUAAUUAAGGAAGAACUUGAAAGGGUAGACCCUUCAGUGGAAGUCGAAAUUCAAGGAAGCUAUAUUCGUGGUGCCUCGACAUGUGGUGACAUUGAUUUGUUAUUUUUCAAGCCAAAUUGUGACGAUAUGAAUGAAAUCGCAACAAUCUUUGAAUCAUUGGCAUGUAACCUAUUUAGAAAAGGUUUUAUACAAUGCUGUUUGCAGUUGACACCCGCUUUGUAUGAAUUACAAAAAUAUAAAAUUAAAGAGAGAUUUGAGAAGGCAGGCUUAAAAUUCUUAGAGAAGGGUAAUUUUGCAUCUUCCAAAUAUAUUAAGACUUUUUAUUUUGGAGUGAAAAUUCCCAUUUCUAGGUAUAUUUGUGAAACGGUAGAAAAUGACACUCCUUUAAGUUUACUUCCAGAUGAUAAAUUCAUGGCUAUAAACUCUGGUAAAGGAGAAAAUCCAUGUAGAAGACUCGAUUUUUUUUCUUGCAAAUGGUCUGAACUAGGUGCUGCUAGAAUACAAUGGACCGGACCUACCGAUUUCAAUAGGUGGAUUAGAGUAUACGCCGCCCAGAAGGGAUUUAGACUGACACAGCAUGGACUUUCCAAAGACGGCAAGUUAAUUGAGAGUUUUGAUGAAAAGAGAAUAUUCGAGCUUUUAGAUCUUGAAUAUACACCCCGUCAUCUGAGGGCGCAAGGCCUUUGGAAGAAAGGUGUAAAAGAACGUACAUAA